UGCAAGCUUAUGCCAUUUUGUCUACUUUGCAAACACCAGUAACAACCAGAACAAAAACACAGAGAACAUUAGACCAGUGAAAAAAGUGGACUCUUUAUUCUUCUUAUACCCCAAAACAAUCUUUAACGUGAGCAAGUGCGAAAGAACUAUCAGCAGACAAACAAACUGUAAUGCCUUGAUCUCAAAAGACAAGUUGAUCCAGGGAUUGUGGUCCAAUUGCCAUCUUGGAGUCAGGAACAAAUGAUUUCACCCAAUGAGGCAAAUUAAAAAGGCUUUAGAUGGAGUUUUUUGCAUUCCUCUGGAUCAAUUAACAGUUAGGAUUUUCUCACAUUUUUGGCUUAAGAACUGAUGGCAAAUAAUGUCAACCUCUAAUAACAUAGCACAGGCUCGGAAGCUGGUGCAGCAGCUGAGACUUGAGGCUGGAAUAGAGAGAGUUAAGGUCUCCAAAGCUGCCGCAGACCUUAUGAACUACUGUGAGCAACAUGCCAAAAAUGACCCUCUGCUGGUUGGAAUGCCAACUUCAGAGAAUCCAUUUAAAGAUAAAAAGCCAUGUUCCAUUUUAUAAAUAUCAGUUUCUGGACACCUCUGCGGUUCUCAGACCAGCUAUAGAUGUGUGAUCAUAUAUUUGGAUUAAAUCCAGUUUAUUAGUAACCUGGAGAUAACUCAGAUUGCUUAAAGUUUUUGCAAAGUGCAAAACAGAAAGAAGAAUUGCAUAUAAAAGGACCAGACCUUUUAAAAUAUUUUGAAAGGGUUCCAUUGUGUUGUCAUUAAGAUGGCAAAUGAAAUACCUGGUGUGUUAUCGUGUUAGUUUCUUUUCUGUUAUGGUUUUUUUUUUUUUAAGAUCUCUUGUAUGUGUGACAAAGGAAAGCUGGCAGCAACAUGUUCUGCAAGGGUUUACAGUCCGUAUAUAGGUCAAUUGUCUUUUGUACUAAUUUAAUUACAACAACAAAAUUAAGGUUCUUUCAUGAAUCUCAACACUCCCAAAUCAUGUGCAGACAUUGUCGUAAUCAUUUCAUCUAUAAGUCUUGGAGCAUAAAAAAAGAGAAGAAAUGUAAAAAAGGGGGCAACCUUAAAUUCAAUGUAUAUUGCUAUAUGACAGUGUGAUUUAUAUUCUUAAUGAAAUCACGUUAUGUAUUUACAUUUAAAGCAUCACUGAUUAUAGCCUUUUUGUAGUUGUAACACUUUUCUUUCAUAGUGUGCCAAGAAUUUGCUGUAGCUACAUACAGCAGGAUGUUUAUAAUUGUGUUACGGUCUGGAACAUAGUCUUCCUUGUACCGCUUCUAACAGUAUCGGACAUAUUGAGUGUAUUGGGAAAUCUCCAUAUUGUAUAUAAAUAUGGUACUUUACUCUAGGCUUGCCAGGCCCUAACGUGAGAAAUGCAUGGGAAUAUUUCCUGUUCCUUUAAUUAGAUGUUUAGAUACACAAAUGCGCUAAAUGGUACAUGAUAAUUCCACUGUAGGUGCUAGUGUUUUAAUUGUGCAGAGGUCUGUGGGAAAGGCAGAAUUUGUUCUGAAUAGCAAUUAUACUUUUGUUUGUAGUUCUUUUAUUUAAAGGUUGGGGGGGGGGUUAGGAUUCCACUAAAAAACUAUUGCUGCCAUUUGGUGUUAUGAGUGUUCAUUUCUAGGGAUCUGGCUGGAGCAAUGAGAAAGGAAGAUGAAUGCCAGUCAGUUGACCUAUUUUAUUAUUUUCUGUUUUGGAUUAUAGUUUCUAGUCCAAGAUGCAGCUAACUAUAUAUAAUGGACAAAAUCCCUGUUCCAUGGAGCUUUUACUCAAUCGGUAUUCCAUCUUGAGUUUAUAAUGCCAUUAUGUGUCACGUGACACUUUGCACAGUAUAUAUAGUAGCAUUGCUGCUUAGUUUGCUUAUGAGGCACUCCCCUGAAAUCUCCACCCAAAUUCUGUAAUUAAAUAAUGAAAAGAAAAUGUAUUUCUAAGCAAUUGUGCAUUGUGUUUUUGCAGUUGUACAGUAUGUAAUUGCUACUGAAAGCAGCAUCUGACUGGCUGUUUUCUCUUGUCUUGUGGCUCUGAUUUUUGAAACAGUAUAGCAAUAACCGAUGGUGUGGACUGACUAUAUUGUUUAAAGAGUCUGAACCAAAGAACAGAUAGGGAAUUACAAUCACUUUUUUUAAUUAGUGUAUUUUGAAAAGUUAUCCAGAAUUAAGUUUUACUUUGUUAUGCAAAAACAGUUUUUGAAUGGGGAUCCUUUUUAUUUUCUUUAUCAAACCUGCUACAAUUAGCAGCUACUAUGCUUUGUGUGGGAUGGAGAUGUCUGUAUAUUGCAAACCAAUGAUAUGGUAAUGGCAAUGGAGCCCCAGUUGAAUAAAAUGUUUGUUUUUGCAAAAGCUUUCAAAAAGAAAUGUUUUCUUGCCCCACCGUGUUUUAAUGAUCAUUGGAAGUCAUCUGAAAGAUUUGAUUGCUUUGCAACAAAUAUUUUAAAAUAUUAACUCCCCGUGUAAAGCAAUAAACUUUGAUUAUCUUACUUUUGCCGUUUAAUAUCUUCCAGCCUCUUGUAAGAUAUCAGUAGCACUGGAAUAUUACAUUAAAAAUAGAGACUAGGCACAUUUAGCAGCAAUAGUGGUUCCCCUUGAUAUGUUGGAUUGAAAUUGUUUGGUGGUGGUAACUUUGUAAUGUUGCGGUUCUGUGUGGAAGCCUUGGCACAUCCAGUGUCUUGCUUUAAUCCAUUAGUGUGUGAACAUGAAGGGAUUUUUAUUGAGCUCUCAGAGGUUGCCCCCAGUAUCCCACAAUGGCCUACGGUUUAGUAGCUCAUCAAAAACUGGCAAGUUCAUGAAAUCAGUAAGUGAGCUCCAUUGCACAUACUUACCCAGCACAUUUUUUUUAACAAUGUUCUUUACAGUUCACAAGUGUUUUUGAAUAAAUGGUUCCCUUAUACAGAAAACAGGGAUAUAUUCCAAAAUGAGCUGUAUUCCAGGUAAUCACUAGAUUUUAUCUGCAAAUAGGCUUGCUGAAUAAUAAAUCCAUCAAUGCAUUCUAUUAUGUCUUUGUUAUACAAACUUGUGUAUUUUUUUUUUUUUCGUUUUGUUUUUAAGGAAAAAAUCAUUCAAGCUGCUUUCCCCAGAAUAAGUGAUAUUUUCCUGAUGUAUUCUCCAUGUCAUGCUGAAUUUCUGUACAAUACACUAAGUCAGAUAUUUGUAUAUUGUUCCUUACAGAGUUAUCUGUGGGAUUUUAUUGUUAUUAUUCUUUGCAUUUCUCAGUGUGCCAAACACUUUUUUGCACAGUGAUAAAAUAUUUUGUGGUAUUGCUGUUACAAUGUUGACUUAAGAAUAUAAUAAACCUAUUCACCAUUUUACUUA